UGGCACUGACUGUGGGUUGCGGGGCAGGGCUGGGUGCUGCUCUGCAGCCGGGUCGGCUGGGGCUUUUCUCAUGGCAGGGCACUGCCUCAUAGGAAGGAGGGCUCUGGACCCAGGCUGGGGAGUGAGAGCUCCCACAGCCGAGGUCCCAGUUCCCACAUCAGUGGAAAUGGCAGCUUUGCCGCAAAGCCAAAAGUUGCAGAAAUGUCAGGAGAGAAGGAAUAAAGGUAACGGGGUUUUGUGAAGCAGCAGCUGCUUUUACUGCAGAUGAAUUCUACUGACCUGCAGUGCUUUAGUUUAAUAAUUAAAGGAAAUCAGGUGAAUUAUUUUUUUCUUUGAAGCUGCAGACAGUAAUUCUUUCAGUCAUAUGCCCACCUGGAUUUUGUUACAGCAGCCAACAAUCAAAUGUGCACCAGCUUCACUUGUGCGCCACUGCAAGGACUACAAUAGAUCACCAACAAAAACAGUUCCACAGUUGCUGAAAUCUUCCUACCCAAAGGAUUCAUCAGAAUUCAGUAUCCAACUGUCUGGAGGUCUUAUUGCUUUGCCUUGUCUUGCGCAUGAGCCUAAUGAGAGCUGGCAGUAAUUUGGGCACUUCUGGUAGUGUUUGGGGAGGUGAGAGGUGGCUGAGAAUAGAUAAGAGUUAGCGAAGAUGCUGGCAGUGACUUGAAGGAGAAGAAGCCUUCGACAAUUAUUUUCUUUCCUUGGGAGAGAUUCUGUUACUUGCAGCUGUAAAAGCUGCUUCCUGGCAGCUGCUGUGGAAAGGUUUAAAACACAAAAAAAGGCUUGGUCCUCCCAAUGGGCUUCAGGACUUGCUCCAGCCCUUGUCCAACCAGCUUCCCAGGGACUCGUUUUUCAUUAUUAAAACAUGCACGUUCAGCAGCAGCAAAACCUCUGACACAGGCAGGAUGUGCAGUUGUCCUCAUUUGGAAGAAGCAGCAGCUACAUUGCCACUGGUGGCCCCGAGCGUAGGGACAGCUGUCCCAGGUCACUCGCAGUGCAAAUGAAAUGGCCUGACUCAGAGGCAGGAGGGGGAGGAAUGGCAGGAGGUGGAGGAGAGCUCUGGCAUUCCUUUCUCAGGUGUGCACACUGGAUCCUAAAUAAACAGCGGUCUAUGAUGAUGUGAUUUAAACAGAGAUUGAUCUUCUGUAGCCAAAGGCUCCUUGGCACAGAAAUGGAGGACAUUAAGUGCCCAGUACUGUACUAAUUAAUGUUUUCUGGGAGUUUGGGUAGUCCCUCAGAGCUCUGCAUGGUGACAGCAGCUCAGAGGUGGCCAUGGGCUGGUCUUGUAGCUGGCAGGCUGCUUUCCUUCAAGGGCAUCGUUGUGCCCACUGCAGGGUGAGAGCAGAGCCCACACAGUUUGUGGGCAGGGACCUAGAAGUGGCUGCGGCUGCAACCCUCCGCUGUCCUGCUGGGUGGUGGCAGCCACCCCUGUGCUGUAAGAUACUGGUGGCUGCAGCCUGGCCCGAUGGCCAGGGCGGUCCCUGAGAGCUGGUUCCCUGGGGUGAUCCUUUGUGUCCCUGUGUCCGGGGAGCGGUGGCAGGGCUGUCCCCUGGGCUGGUCUGACUGGAGGAUACUGCAGGCUCAGGUCCCUCGCAUCAGAGCACUGAGAGCCCGGCUGGGGCUGGCAGGGAGCAAGCAAUGAGGUCACCAGUUAAAAAUAAGGUCAAGUGCAGUGUUUGUGGGGGAGGAGCCUCAUAAGGCAGCAGGAGCUGCUUAGAGGAAUGGGGUUGGAUGCCAGCCGGUCCUGACACCAGAGAGCCUCCCUGGAUCUGUUCCAGGGUCCUGUGCUAUGCUCCCUGUGCACAUCUCCACCGAGCUCCUGCACUGUACCCCAAAUUCCCUGGCUGCAUCGACCUGGUGGCUGCAUCACGCUGGGACAGGUGGGAUUGCUGCCACAGUUUACUCCAAGUCUGAGCACUGGCUGCUAGGAGUUCUCCAAAUGAUUUGUGUGUGAGCUGAAGCAUCUCUGCUAGAAAGCACUGCCGCUCUUGAUUGUAAAAUUGGCAGCAACGUAGCCUCUGCCACCAGCCUUGCUGAGCUGCUCCAGGGUUUAUCCACCCUUGCCAUUAAAACCCAUCCCUUACUUCUGAUCUAAACCAGCUGAGGGAACUCCUGGUCUGCAUUUGGGGCCGGUGCAGGCUCCAGUGGAGGAGACCUGGGGCAGGCACGGCCAGGUUUUUGGGAUGACUGAUGCAGGGAGCAAGCAGCUGUACAAGAGUUACCCAGGGUUAGUGUCACUCGGUGGGAGGGGGCCCUGUCCAUGUUGCAAUUACUGUAAAUUAAAGUAAAAUGACUGCUGGAGCAACUUCGUUGUAGAGUUGAAUGCUUUAAAUGGGGCAAAUCUUGUGGGAGAAGUAAUGCCUUUUAUUAGAUGGAGAAAACAAAUUAGCUUUCAGGUACACAAGCCCUUCUUGACAUUAUUGUUACUGUUAUUAUCCCAUAUUGGUGCUAUUAGAAACGAGGGCAUUACAUUGGGGGGAAGCAUAUUAUGCAGGCGUUUAGACCUGCUGGUAACUGCUCUCUGCUGACAGGUAUUUGCUUAAUGAUAUGUUGGAGUGAAAGCCAGUAGCAAGGACAAGCAUCAGAGGGAGCUGGGAGUGCUGAGCUCUGCCUGGUCCGGCCUUGCUGGGACCCCCUGGAGGAGCCUGACACCACCCACUGAGAAGGGAGCAAGGACCUGCUGGAGGUUCCUCCUAGCGUGGUUUUAAGGACACCCCCAAACCCCCUCUUUACUUCAGACAGGAUCCUGACCAUAGCACGUUCCCAGAUUGAGUCCCCGGUGCCCUCCCUGGUCCUGGGGCUGGUCCCUGUGGAUGCCUGCAGCCUCCAGAGCUGCCCUGACUUGAUUGCAAAGGGUCAGGAGCGCUUUCUGCUCCUGCCCGCACUGAAGGCAAUGUCUGUGAGGCUCUUGCACUUACAAAUGGGACUGGUCAUGUUCCCAGUGUCAUGUGCUGCCCAUGGCGGGUGGCAGAGCCAGUUUUUCUGCUCUGAAAGUGGGACUGGGGAGGAGACCGCAACAUUCAAAUACCCAGAUCCCUGGUAGCUGCCAGCCAGGCGCCGAGGAGGACACUCACCAUUUUCAGCUCCAGUUGCUCCUUCAGGUCCUCUCUGUGCUGUAGGUGUGACGGUCUCGUGCCCCAGAGCCCUUUGGCUGCAGUGAAAUGUCGACGAUCCUGAAAUGGUUUGGACGGGAAGAUAAGGAGAGAGAGGAGAAGGAAAAGGACAAGGAAGAAGAGAAGAAAGAAGAGGAGAAGGAAAAGACUGAGGGAGAAAAGGAGAAGGACAAGAAGAAGAGGAAGAAGAAGGAAGAGCAAAUGGGAAGUGGGCAAGAGGACAGGAGGAGCAGCAGCAGCUCCGACAGCGACUCAGAGGAGGACCAUGGCAGUGAAAAGGGUGACGAGAAGGAAGACAAAGAUUAACCUUUGCAUGCCAGAACUGUAGUGCAUGCCCUGGCCGCGCUGAGGAGGUGGGGGUGCAAAUGGCAGCACGUGCUGGAGGGGGCCUGGGACACUUUUAGCCAAAUAAAAGUGUUUGUGGGCUCCAUAGAGAAAUGCUAUUUGU